CUGUUCGGUGGUACCCUUGUGCGUUCGGUGCUCGUUUUUCCCAAUCGCUUCUGGAUGAAUCCGAUCGUAGUCCGGCGCUUGGCUAACCCAACCUAAAAAGCGUCCCAGAAACGGUUAACGGUUCGGUGUACCGGCUACUUUGAGGCCGCACCCCGGGCGAGCUGAACUACUUGUGUCCGAGAAUAAGAUUCGGGCGAAAAACUUCGAUCGUCUCAUUGUUCGUCAGCGAAGGAACGCGACCACUCUCAACCGCUACUCCCUCCUUCCCGUCAGUGUGGACACAGCAAACAAUACUCUGGAACAACGACAUUAUUGUGGAUCUGCAAGCAGUGCUGAUUGGAACCCUUGUUCAAAGUGCUCGUGACCUUCUCCGCGGCUGACUCGGUCGAUUGAACGAUCGAUCGAGUGUCUCCUCCAACAAAAACCCAGAACGGCUGCGAAACGUGUUCGAAUCCCUCGUUCGUUCCGAUCGAGUCCCGGAUACCUGUUGACACCACCAACAACACCACCACCUCCACGACCAUCACCACCUGUUGGUCGUUUCCGACAAGCUGGUGAAAAGGAUCGGUGAGCGCGCUUCGACGAGUCAGCGGACGCCCUGAGAGGACUCAGCUGAACUCGGCGACAACAUAACGAACACCGACGACGACAACGACGUCGGUAACCGCAAAAUAUCUUCGAUCGUAAGCUGCGGUUCGAACUCCUCGCGGGUCGACAUGUACCAUAGAUCGCUGAAUGUACCGCGCUCUGCUCGCAACGGGGGCGACUCGGCCACUACGAGCUCGGAUGGCCGAAAGGCUCCUAGCCUCGAUCACCCAGGCCGGACACACUCUACGCAAUCGAUCCUGACGGCCAUGGACCGUUUCGUGCGCUCCGUGAACAAUAUGCACGAAACCAUCCUGGUGCCCUCGAGACUCCGAGACAUGCAGCUCGUGGGUCGCGUGCCACCCCCGCACCCGAUCAAAUCGAACGAUCUUCAUUCGUACUACGGAAUGCUGAGCGAAGUGAAAGACGAGCUGCUCUGGGGACCCGGGUCCAUAGGCUCGGGGCUCGGCAUGGCAUCGAUGACUUCGUCCAUGAAGAGCAACGUUCUCCGAGCUCCGUCGGUGCUCUCUCAGAAAAAAACCGACAGCCUCGGCUCAGCUGGCUCCGAUCAGGAUACGGACAGUGAUUCAGUGUCGGAAACCUUAUCGGAUACGACUGCUGUGUCAGAUGAAAGUCGCGAUUCCAUGGAACACGGCCGACAUUUGGCAUCCGCGUUCCGGCACCAUUUGCAGGGACUGCAUGUGAUACUUCAUCAGCUGGCGGAUUCGGCCGACUAUCUUUCGACCAGAUACCAGCAAGAGAUUGAACCUGUGCAACAAUGAGUACGGAAAAGGAACGAAAAAAAAACGAGAAACCAGCUUCGAUCACCACCGACCUUUAUUCGGAUAUCCUAAUUCUUCUUUAUUGAAGGAGGCGUU